ACAACUUUUCAUGCAUUGGAGACCAGACCAGAAGCACUUCUGAAUUAAGAUCUGAGAUUCCUUGAGGUAGCAUUGAAGAGCACUAGGACCUGAAGAUGAGUGAACUUGACCAGUUACGGCAGGAGGCCGAGCAGCUUAAAAACCAAAUUAGGGAUGCUAGAAAAGCAUGUGCAGAUGCAACGCUCUCUCAGAUCACAAACAACAUCGACCCAGUGGGAAGAAUCCAGAUGCGCACCAGGAGAACGCUGAGGGGGCACUUGGCCAAAAUUUAUGCCAUGCAUUGGGGCACGGAUUCCAGGCUUCUAGUCAGUGCCUCACAGGAUGGCAAACUGAUCAUCUGGGAUAGCUACACAACAAACAAGGUCCAUGCCAUCCCUCUGCGUUCCUCAUGGGUCAUGACCUGUGCAUAUGCCCCUUCUGGGAACUAUGUGGCCUGCGGUGGCCUGGAUAACAUUUGCUCCAUUUACAAUCUGAAAACUCGUGAAGGGAAUGUGCGUGUGAGCCGCGAACUGGCCGGACAUACAGGUUACCUGUCCUGCUGCCGCUUCCUGGAUGACAAUCAGAUCGUCACCAGCUCUGGGGACACCACCUGUGCUCUGUGGGACAUCGAGACCGGCCAGCAGACGACCACAUUCACUGGACACACUGGGGAUGUUAUGAGCCUCUCUCUCGCUCCCGACACCAGACUGUUUGUUUCUGGUGCUUGUGAUGCUUCAGCCAAACUCUGGGAUGUGCGAAACGGCAACGCAUUUGCCACUGGCUCGGAUGAUGCCACCUGCAGGCUGUUCGACCUUCGUGCGGACCAGGAGCUCAUGACUUACUCCCAUGACAACAUCAUCUGCGGGAUCACCUCGGUGUCUUUCUCCAAGAGUGGGCGCCUCCUCCUCGCAGGGUACGAUGACUUCAACUGCAACGUGUGGGAUGCACUCAAGGCCGACAGGGCAGGUAGGUGUUUGCUGGGCCUUCCUGGGCCUCCUGGUGUUCAGGUAGCACUUUUGAGGAUGGACACGAUGCACCGAGGCUGAAAUGUUUAGGUUUGU